UUCCUGCUGACCGUGCAGCUGUUAACCCACCCAUCACUGCAAAAACAUGACUACCUGCUGCAUGUAGAACUGCUCAUUGAGUGCAAUCAUGGAAUCGCAUCUAUCGGCUCCCAGAACAUUACUGGUCCGCCAUUUUCCAGACUGGCUGAGCAGAGAAGAGAAGGAGAGCUUGCUGCGACACUUUGGUGCUCAGGAUGUGGUCAUUAUGGGACUCAAAGGAAAAAUGAGAAACUGUGCUUUUGCAACCUUUACCAAUGAAGGAGAAACAAAAUGGGUGUUAAACAAGCUUCAUCAGCUGGACGUGUUUGGGCAUAAGCUCUCUGUGGAGUAUGCUCAACCAGCACACACAAAAAUCCUACAAGAAUCUGAUACUCUGAAUUGGGCCUGCAACAGGAGCAGACCUAGUGACUCCGUGAGUGAGGAGAAAUCAUCGGAGGGGAAGGUGGAGCAAGUAUAUCGUGCAAUCAAUAUUUUUUUCUGCAGACCAGUGUCUACGGUUGAGGCACCUCGAUACUUGUACCCUCCGCCCACACCCACCAUCCUCAGCAACAUCACCAACGCUCUAGCCUGCGUACCACAACUGUAUGUUCAGGUCUUGCAUCUGAUGAACAGGAUGAAUCUACCCCCUCCUUUUGGGGAGCCUACAUCAGUACCCCCUUUGUUGUCUCAAGAGUGUCUUGUUGAGGAGCCUGCUGAUUACACGAGGUCCUCUGAGGAAGAUGGCUCUGAAAUAGCCAGUGAUGAAGAUGGUCUGAUUAGGAAAGCUAGACCAGCCCCAGUCUCAAGGCGUGUCCCUAAACGUCGAGCAGUGUCUUAUGCACAAAUGAAGAAUCUGUUGCCCUCGUUAAAGAAAGGACGCACUCAAGAUUCACCAGAAGUCCCGCAAGCUAAAAAGAUUGAGCUCAAUAUUCCAUCAGAGAUGGUGCCACGGAAAGAGCUAGAAGCGCACACAAUCACUUACAUCAGGGAAGAACCUCUUGAGAAAACUACACCUGGUGCCCUCCUCAUUGAAGCCAGUGCCCCGCCAUCAACUAGUUUAGAGGGAGCCUCUGGGAAUGAGAGUAGUAAAGAGAGUGGAUUGGAGGGAGGCGAUGAGAAAUUUAUUUCUAAUGAAGAGCUGAGGGCAAAUAGAAAAACAGAGAAAGAGAUGCAAGAGUAUUCAGUGUACAAUAAGUACUCGCGUGGAGAAUCAUCUAUGAGACUGUACAUCAAGAACCUUGGGAAACAUGUCGAGGAAAAGGAUCUGAGGUAUAUUUAUGGGAGAUACGUUAACUGGUCAUCAGAGAAGGAAGUUAACGCGUUUGACAUUCGUCUAAUGCAGACAGGCAGGAUGAAAGGUCAGGCAUUCAUUGGCUUGCCCAGUGAAAAGAUAGCUGCUAAAGCCCUCCGAGAUACUAAUGGCUAUCUGCUGCAGGACAGACCAAUGGUCGUGCAAUUUGGGAGAUCUACUAAAGCCAAAGAAAAAUCUGAGAACUGAUUUUUACAUGUUGUAUAUAUUCACUUUCCAAUAUAUUAGGUAAUGAUCGUCAGAAACAUUAUUGAUAUUCAGACGCAAAAAAAUUUUGCAAGUGCAUGUAUGUAUAUAACAAAAAUUGAUUAAUGAUAUGAAA